GCGUUUAGACGCCACCGUUGUCGCUGUCGAUUACAGUCCGCCGAUGCGAACGAAACUUUGACGAAAAUCUCGGAAUGAUAAAUCGGAUCGUACGUAAGAUCCAAAACUGUGAUAUUAAUGUUGUGCUUGUUGGUUAUCAUUGUUAUAAUUUAAUUUAAUUGUUUCGUUAUUUAUUAUUAUAUUUCGACGGAAUAUAAUAUUUGGUGUCCGAGGUGAAGUAAACGGAUAUCUACUGCGAUAUUACUGCGGCCGGUAGUGAGGUAUUCAUAUUUUGGAGGAAGAAAGAGCAUUGUUAACACGAUCUCGGAGAUGAUGAAUCUGGGAUUUAAAAACACAUUGCGUGACAGAAACACUUCAGCAUUGCAGCUGAUAAGGAAAUUCGCCAUGAUAUUACCGUGGCCAUAAAAUUUGAGCAUAGCAAUGGAUCUUUAUUUAAGUAAUCAAGAACAACUACUCAAAAUUGGACAUCACAUUUAAUUCUAAAAGCUUAGUGGAUUUAAGGGUUCGCGAUGAACUCGUCGUUGGUAGGCAAUGACACAGUCAAAGGUUCUGUCAAUUCUACAACCAAUUCUACCAGUCCACAGGAUUUAUUCAAAGACAGACACCUAACCGACUACUUGUUGAUAGUGCUUUUCUGCCUUGUCAUAUUGACGACGGUGGUAGGUAACACGUUAAUUAUAUUCGCCGUUUUUACAACCAGGCGACUUCGGACAGUAACGAAUUACUUCGUGAUGUCGUUGGCUGUUGCUGAUUGGCUAGUGGGAACGUUUGUCAUGCCAAUAGCCGUCGUCUACCAUGUUACAGGCGAAUGGACAUUUGGACGUUUGAUAUGUGACAUUUGGGUCUCGUUGGACGUUUGUCUUUGUACUGCGUCGAUACUCAGCCUUUGCGCCAUUUCAAUCGACAGAUAUUUUGCCAUCACCAAACCUCUACGGUACUCAAAAAAACGGAGGUCCAAAAGACUGGCGUCGCUCAUGAUAUUAGUCGUAUGGCUGGUUUCGUUGGUCAUAACAUGUGCUCCACUUUUUGGAUGGUACGACGAAAAGCGACACAGCAGCGAUAUCUGCACCUAUAAUCAAAACAAGGUUUACGUAGUAUUCUCAGCAAUGGGCUCGUUUUUCUUGCCACUGAUUGUCGUCGUCUACGUGUAUUUAAAAAUAUCAUGUGUAAUCGCUGAAAGGCACAAUAAACUUGAAGCUCUCAAUGGACAAAAAUUAAAGAUAUCCCGGUACAGCCACGAAUCGAUGGAAAGACCGUCGGUGGAAAUGGACGAAAUCGUACGCGUCAGCUAUAAUGUCAGUUUGCGCAGAGGUGAUGAUUGCCGAGUUUCACUAAAGCGCGAGAAUAAAACAGCGCAGACGCUGUCCAUAGUGGUCGGCGGAUUCAUCGCCUGCUGGCUACCGUUCUUCAUCGUGUACCUGAUUACGCCAUUUUUGCCGGCGGGCACCAUACCGGAGGACAUGAUGAAGUGGCUCACGUGGCUGGGUUGGAUAAAUUCAGCAAUCAAUCCUUUUAUAUACGCGUUCGUCAGCCAGGACUUCAGGAUGGCAUUUUGGCGGUUGACGUGCAGCUACUGCACCGGGCACAAGCCCAACCCGAACACGCCACACAAUCGGUUCGUGAUCAGAUACAGUCAUUAUUCGAGGAACCAAGUCUAGACAAAUACGUCGUUCGAUCGUCUCUGAAACAACCAUGCGAUAUUUCGAUGAUUUAAACAUCUUAGACGAUGUAUAUGUAUAUAUUAUACAUUAUAUAUAUAUAUAUUAUACAGUGAAAUCUCGUUAAAACGGUGAUCUAUCUACGUACAACGAAUUUUUUCCUCGUUGACAUUACGUUGAUAUGCGGAAACGAAAUGUGUUUUUAAUGUUUUUAACAGGUACGAAUGUACAAAAUGUACAAUAUAUUUACUAUAAUAGUAAAACGAAAUUUCCUGUUUAAAUGUCGUCGAAUAAUCAUCAUACACGCUGAUAAAUCCCAAUCGCACACGACUUGUUUAAUAUUUUACUAAUAAUUCAUUACAUUAUUUUUUAUUAUUGUUAUUCUUGAGUUAAUUUUUAAAUUGUUACAAUUUCAGAGCUCACACAAUAAUAUUUUUCAUUAAAUAAUUUAAUAAAUUAUUGUAUUUAUCGGAUGUUUUAGAUUUUACUCAUACAAAACAAACGAUAGGUAAUAUAGAUAAAAAAAAAAUAAUAAUAUUUUUAUGUUUUUUACCGAUUAAUAAUAAUUUUCUAUGUAUUUUUUAUUAUCAAACAUUACUCAUAAUGAUUUACAUAAUGAUUUACCUUUGAAUAAUAAAUAAAAACUAUUCAAAUUAAUAUAUAGAUGUUUUCAUCAGCUAGCUAUAGAUACUAUUUAUUUAUUUUCAUAAAAUAUAUAUCAUGUUUAAAUAUCAUAUAAGUAGGUAGAUAAAAUUAAACAAGAUUCUUUUUUUCGGUUCCAUAAAAUCCGUUUUAACGAGGUUUUACAGAUUUUAUCUAUAUUAUAUAGUAUAAUAAUACGGUUUAUUUAAGUAGACAGCUAGUCAUAUUUGUGUGUUUAUGUAAUGUGUGUAUUUGUACGGUAUAUUGAACGCAGGGUUUGAUCACCAUUAAAUAAUACUGUAAAAUAGCACACUCGGUACCACUCUGGACACGAGAAAUUUUUUAAUGGAUUUACGUGCCACAUCCACUCUCCAGUCGAGUCGAUUCGUCGACCGACAUAUUAUUACUAUUACUAUUAUUAUUAUUACCGUCGCCGUUCAUGUUAUUAUUACUAUUAUUACUAUUGUUAUUGUUACGUCGGUCUUAUUUUAUUGUGGUAUGAAAAGUCGACGUACGCGAUAUUGUAUAUUAUAUAUACGAUACGAAUCAGAAGAGUCGAAAAACUAUAACACAGCAGCAGGGUCGAUUUCCUAGACGCAGCUAAUAAAUAAUUUACGGAAAGUAAAAAUUGAACCAAAACUAUAGUCAACAUAUCUCAAAGUUCAAGCAUUAAACACUUUUCUAUUUAACUAUUGUGUGCAUGACGUAUACGUUACUCGUUUAAAUCACAAAACGAGUAAUAAUUAUAUAUUAUAUAUAAAUUAUACUAAACCGAUAUAAAUAUUUUUGCUCAGUCUCAAUAAUUCGUGAUGAUGAUUUCUUUUUUUUUUUUGUCUGCUUUUAAGUUGUAGACUAAAUUAUGUUUAAAUUGUUUCGUUAACCUUGGAUGACAAUUCCGAUUAAACUGAGUAAUGGAAGAAAAUACGUAGUUUUUUUUCGGUUCUUCAUUAGAUUAAGUGCUAAAUAUUGUUUACUUUUGUUUUAGUCAACGAUUCACUAUUGCGGUGUUGUAUUGUAAUUUUUCUUACGAAAACUUAUUUACGAAGAAAUGAAAUUAUUGUGAAACUAUUAUUGUCCAUUAUUGUGGUAAGCGCUCUUGCUCUUGCGUGUAAACAAAUAUAAUAAUAUUUUUGAUUUUCUGAUAAAAUAUUUUAUGAAUUCGUCUCCUAAACGAUUGUGUGUAAAUAAAACGAUCGUUCAAAAUAAAACAAACAAAAUUGAUGAAAUUGACAAAGAAUAAUGAAUACAAAUUCAAACAUUAAGAAAUUAACUCGCAAUAAACACUAAACUAUACGAUUUUUCAAGAAUCAAUACAACUUGCUUAUAUAUUAUUAUUAGGUAUUUUAUUUCAUUAUUUAAUAUAGAUAUAUACAUAUUGCGAUAAAAAGUAUAAUAAAAUGGAGUUCUCUUUCAAACAUAUUUAUUCGCUCUUUGCACGUUUAUUCGUUUAUCCAUUUUAUAUUAUGCUAACCGAAUACUUUUAGCGGACGAUAGGCAUGCUUGUGUAUAAUAAGUUAAAAAAAUGUAAAUGUUAAAAACUCACUUGAAGACAUUUAUUUCGGUAUAAAGCGUACACAAUAAUAUUGCGGAAGGUUUGAAAUUAAUUACCCACGCUAAACAUAUUGUAUGUCAAGUCAACGUGAAAAAUACUGUUUGGACAUAAAUAAAUUAUUACAUUUAAUACAAUAUUUACAUUUUUUAUUUUAGACUUGACACAUUUACACAAAAAUAAUUUGAUUGAAUUCGUUAUACAUUAAAAUAUUUACUGACUUGUUUAUAUUUUACGAGCGAUAAAGUAUAGGCAUAAAUAUUCAAUGCAAUGAAAUGACAUAAAAUUAGUCACUUAAUAAAAUAUAAAAUGAAUUGUAGUAAAAAAAAAAAAAAAAUGGUUAGUUUAAAAAUUAAUGUAAUUUUGUGAUCACAAAGUAUCAUCUGAAUACAAACAAAUUACAUGUUGAAAAAUGGUAUUAAAUUUAUUAUACACGUUAGAAGAUAUUUUAUUAUAAUAUUAUAAAUACAAUUUCAACAUACAAAUCACCAUACUCAAAUCAUUGUGAAAGAAAGAAUUUUUUUUUUUAUUUUGCAAAUUUAAAUCUUCUAUUACAAGUAUGUGCUUGUAAUAAUGCGUAAGGGUGUUAAGUAAUAUCGAUUUACUCGUAUUUUUAAAAUUCAUGAAAUAAUAAUUAAAUGUUUUAAUCAACGAAUUACUUGUUUAUCAGUAUUUUUUUUUUUUUUUUAAUACGAUUAAAAUGUUAAUAAUACAUUACACAAAUUAUAUACGUUUAUAUACGUUUACAAAUUAUAAAAUAAUAUAAAAACUUCAAGUGUUUGAAAAUCAAUCAAUCCCUAAAUAAUAAAAAUUAAAAUUAAAAGCGCUUCAAAAAAUUUAACCAGUAGAGAAAUAAUUUGAUUAAUAACUUCUUUACGACAACACAACAACACCAAAACAGGAAUCUAAUUAGUUUUCUAAUUAUUUUUUUGAUUUCUUAAAUUCAAUGACUAUAAUAUAUUAAUUCAAUUCUUGCUAUGCUUAUCAACGUAUUAUCAAAAUAAUUUAAAAAUUACUAAAAUGUACUUUACGAUGCUUCCUUUACCGAAUUUCGAUUCAAAAUUUAAUAAAAAUCGUAAUUUUAAAAGUAGUUAAACUAAUUACAAUUUUAAUAACUACAUCAAUCUAAAAUUUAUAAACAAAAAAACUAUUAAAACAUUAUUAUAAUUUCGCAUCAAAUUAGCAGUUAAUUUCGACUGUUAUAAGUUCGUGAAGAAUGGAUACUUUCAGCUGACUUAUAGGCAAUUGCAAUGACACAAUAAUAUGGUCUAUGUUUUACAAUAAAUAUAAGUAAUAUAACUAUCUAGUCACUAAGUUAAGUAUGAUAAAUAUUGAUUUUGAUAAACUUAUUGUUUUCAAAUAAUACUGUGAGUCGUAAUAAUAUAAUUUUUACUGUUUAGUUACCUAUGAUCGAGCAAGGCAGAUUAAUACCUUUAGAUACCUAUGCACGACUACCUACUAUUACCAUUACUCAGUAUUGGAAUUGUUGGAAAGGAAAAACUAUCAUUUUUAUUUAUUAAACCGAUGAUGAAAUUUAUAACGAGUCAGUUUUUAUUAAUUAAAAAUGCAUACAUUUCAGAAAACAUAAUAUGCAGUCGUUAAAUUUUUAAUAAAAUAUACAA